AUAAGGACUGGACGAGACAGUAAGCUCUUUCCUCAUUGGGCGAUUCUGAAGCGGGGUAUUUGGAGUUCAAGAUAUGCCUCUCCUGAGUCUUGACCAUAUAUUUAAUAUCCUGACAGCUCAAGACCCGAUAUUAUAACCUCCGAAAACAUGUAAAGUACACCCUUCCUUCGCAGUGUCUUAUUUUGCAUCAAACAAUUCACAUUAACGUUAUUCAACACUAUGUCUAGAUCAGACACAUCAAGGGUACUUGACAUUCUGAAGUCACUUUACCAGCAUGUGCAAACACUUAAUCAGUUUGCAGACACCAUCGUAUUUCGAGAAGGGCAGAAAGCAUCGCUCAUUGAAGGAUCCGACACAGCACGCUUCAAGUCAUUCGUCGGGGGUAUUUUUGUGUGCACUGAUCAACAGUUGCAACAACUGCCAAGCCGAAACGAGAUCUGCACACUCCCCGAGCUACUGGCUUUUGUUUUGAACACUGUGAAGAGGAAGAAGAAAAGAAAUGUGCUGGCGCACGGCUACGGGUUCCUCUCCCUGGCCCAAGAGGACCGUGACGCGGACCAGUUCAAGUUCCAAAGCGACGUCACUCAAAGUGCCGCUUACAUCCACGGCAGCGAUCUGUGGAAGAAAGUCUCCCACCGUCUCGGCACGGACAUGACCCGAUACCUGCUGGAGAGCUGCGCCGUGUUCGUGGCGGUGCCCCCCUCCUGCGUGUUCCAGGUGUGUGGCGUGCCCGUGUACGACCGGGUGUCGGUCAUGACCAGCCGCGCUGGCGUCUUCCUCCGGACCAAAUCCAGGUCUGACCCGGGUAACCGUCAGCGGGAUCGCCGCCCCCCGGUGUGCCAGAUUAGGAAACGAGGGGCUGGUUAUAAAACCAACAGGAACAGGGGCAGGGCUAGGGAUGGUAAUCAAAGGAAGAGGAAAAGCGCUGGCCGGACGGAUGGUAUGGGUCGGGCCGCAAAGAGGACAAGAAUGGAUUGGGCCAAGCAGGAGAUACCGCAGAGUGGCGUUGAUGCAGGGGGUGAUGUUCUUCCUAGCUCAGUGGAGGCAUCCAAGGUGCCAGCAGAAGGGUGUAGUGCUGAUUCUAAAAGGCAGGUCAUAGUGUCGAAAACCUCUCUUCCUUUGGAAGGAGGGCCAAGUUGGAGAUCGGGAUUCUCUCCAACUCUCCCAGCAUCCCACUGCUUCAUCCGAACCUUGGGAAUGCUGUACGGCGGGAAGGGGAUGCGUGGAUUCCUUCUGAACAGGAAGACGAAGAGCCGUACAGAGGUGAAGCAGAGGCUUCAGGGGCGGGACCUGGUCAGGAUUGUGUUCUUUGAGGGCGUGGCCUAUCUCAACGGAGUGGAGAAGAAGCCAAGGAAACUGCCCCGGCGCUUCUUCAACAUGGUGCCUCUGUUCGACCGGCUGCUGCGGCAGCACAGGGGCUGCCCCUACGGAAGGGUCCUGCAGAGCGCAUGCCCCUUGCGCAUGGAGGAGCUGGGCGUGGAGGCACAGGGGGACCUGAGCUCCCUCCUGCCCCUCACCUGUUCCCCCCAUCAGGUGUUCCUCUUCAUCAGAAAGUGCCUCGCCACCGUGGUGCCCAUGGAGCUGUGGGGGUCCGAACACAACCGGGGUCGUUUCCUCCUCAGGGUCAGGGGCUUCCUGCGCAGCGGCAAGUUCGAGAGGCUCUCAUUGGCCGAGCUGCUGUGGAAGAUGAGGGUGAGCGAGUGUGAUUGGCUGAAGAUCAGCAAGACGGGUCAUGUCCCCCCCAGCGAGCUGGCCUACCGGACACGCGUGAUUGGUCAAUUCUUGGCGUGGAUGCUGGACGGCUACGUGGUGGGCUUGGUCCGAGCGUGCUUCUACGUCACGGAGAGCAUGGGACAGAAGAACACGCUCCGCUUCUACAGACAGGAGGUGUGGGCCAAGCUGAGGGAGCUGGCCUUCAGAGGGCACGUCUCCAAGGGCCAGCUGGAAGAGCUGACACCCACCCAGAUGGCCUCCCUGCCAAAAGCCACCGUGGUUUCCCGCCUUCGCUUCAUCCCCAAGGCGGACAGCAUGCGACCGAUCACGCGCGUCGUUAGAUCCGACGUCAAAUCCAGGGUUCACCAAUCAAACAUGCGUGAGCUGCUGGACGUGCUGGGGGCGUGUGUGCGCUCUGACCCCCCCUUGCUGGGCUUCACUGUGUGGGGGAUGACCGACAUUCACAAGAAGCUCCGCCCCCUGGCGUCCGCUCAGAAGGACCAGCCUCAACGCCUCUACUUUGUUAAGGUGGACGUGAGCGGGGCCUAUGAGAGCCUUCCCCAUGACAAACUCAUUGAGGUGAUUGGCCAGGCCCUGACACCGGUCCUGGAAGACACAUUCGUCAUCCGUCGCUACGCCAAGAUCUGGAGGGACGCCCAUGAAGGCCUGAAGAAGACGUUUACUCGACAGGCAGAUUUCAUGGAAGACAACAUUGGAUCCACAAACAUGAAAGGCUUUGUGAUGAACAUGCAGCGAGAGGGCAAGCUUCAUAACGCUAUACUGGUGGAGCAGCAUUUUUCCUCAGACCUGCAUGGCCGAGAUGCUCUUCAGUUUUUCACUCAAAUGCUUACUGGUGGAGUUGUGAAAUUUGGGAAAAAAACUUUCCGGCAGUGUAGAGGCAUCCCCCAGGGCUCGGUGGUGUCCAGUCUCAUGUGCUGCCUCUGCUACGGUCACAUGGAGAACAACUUAUUCAAAGAUAUUAACUUGAAUGGAGGGUGUCUGAUGAGGUUGGUAGAUGAUUUCCUCCUGAUAACCCCUGACCUGGGUCAAGCACAGACCUUCUUCAAGACUCUGUCAGACGGGGUUCAGGACUAUGGGUUGCUGGUAAACCCACAGAAGGUGGUGGUCAACUUCCAGGUAUCGGAGGAUUCGGGGGCGGGUCCAAACGUACGUGUGCUGCCUGCUAGCUGCCUCUUCCCCUGGUGCGGACUGCUCCUGGACACGCACACCCUGGAUGUCUUCCAGGACUACUCCAGCUACGCGGGGCUAUCCCUGCGUUACAGCUUCACCCUGGGCUUCUCCCAGCGAGCGGGGUUGCACAUGAAGAAGAAGCUGAUGGGGCUCCUUCGACUCAAGUGCCACGCCCUCUUUCUGGACCUCACGAUAAACUCUGUGGAAGCCGUCUACGGCAGCGUGUACAAGCUGGUGUUGCUUCAAGCAUGGAGGUUCCAUGUGUGCGCCCAGAGUUUGCCCUUUGGACAAACGGUUGCCAAGAAUCCCAAGUGCUUCCUGCUCAUGAUCUGGGACAUGGCUCACUAUGUGAAUCGACUCGUCCGACUCUGCAACAAAGGGGUGAGCCUUGGCACCAGGCACCAGACAGGCGUCCUGCAGAGCGAGGCAGUGGAGCUGCUCUUCUGCCUGGCCUUCAUCCUGGUCAUGUCCCGGCACCGGCCCCAGUACAGAGGCCUGCUCCCUGGCCUACACAAACGGAAGCGGUGUCUGGAGAGGCAGCUGGGGGACAUCCGACUGGCCAGGGUCAGACAGGCCACCAAGCCCGGGAUCCCGCAAGAGUUCCUGGCCAUCCAUCCUUAGACGACCCCUGCUACAGCUACACCUCCCAGAAAAAGAAAAAAAAAAAGUCCAGGUUUCUGCUCCCCCUCAUGCACUCUGAGUAAUCUGAUUUCAUUGCAUAUAGAUUCGGGUUAUCAAAGCUCUGUAUUUAUUUUUAGCUUAAUAUUGUGGCACAGCGGCAGAAGUACCAAGCGGAUUGUUGUUCUUUGGAGUUUUCCAAAAAUGUUCCCCAUACAAACAUUAUUUUGUAUUAUUGCGUUUCAACAUCUGUUGGUGGAGCCCACCACAGCAAUAAACUAUUUUAACAACCA